CGGAUACGAACAGACAGCCGCCAUCUUGGACAUUGGCCGCAGGCGCUGAGUCGCCCUGUCCCGCCCCACGGCCUCUCAGGCCACCCGCACCCGGGGCUGCUGUCCCUGGGCCCGCGGAAACCCACCCUACUCGCCCUUGUGUAGUUCUCGCGGCUUUCGUUGCGUUCUCACGUGAACGCUGCGCGGCUUCUGAGCGCUCGUUUUAACAACCCCCCACUGGGGGCGCACGGGCACCUUAUACUUUGCGAUCUCCCAUCCUUACAAUGCUUAACCGGCUCAUCCUGUUCCCUGGAUAUGGCAAGUGCAUCGACUAAGGAUCCUUUUACCCAAGAACGCUAACACACAGGCGUUGUCCUCUGAGGCUCUGAAUGACUUUAUUCUUCAAAUGCCUUUACCUUUCAUAGCUCCAGUGACCCUCCAUUCUUCAGAUCUAGGAAAAUGUGACACUCUACAGGUGAUCAGCUUCUAGAUCACCACUCUCUACCCACAAGUGACUUGAGUGGGGAGAUCCAGGGUCGCAGAGGUAACCAUCAGGAAGAUAUCUAAAGAAAUGAUACAUCAAAGAAGAGAAGCUGGGGGAAAAGAGACAUGCAGAGGCCAGAUCAAAGGAUCAGACAAAGAGGAGGAACCUUCAGCUGCCCUAUCCCAUGGCCAAGGGUAUCGUCCCUGUGGAAGACCAGCCAGGAACUCAAAGCCCGAAGCUGGGGCCAGAUCCCCUGCUGUCCCCAUCAUGGUCAAUGACCCACCAGUCCCCGCUUUACUGUGGGCCCAGGAAGUGGGCCAUGUCUUGGCAGGCCGUGCCCGCAGGCUGAUGCUGCAGUUUGGGGUGCUCUUCUGCACCAUUCUUCUUUUGCUUUGGGUGUCUGUGUUCCUCUAUGGCUCUUUCUACUACUCCUACAUGCCGACUGUCAGCCACCUCAGCCCAGUGCAUUUCUACUACAGGACGGACUGUGACUCCUCCACUGCCUCGCUCUGCUCUUUCCCUGUUGCCAAUGUCUCACUGGCUAAGAGUGGACGUGAUCGGGUACUGAUGUACGGACAGCCCUAUCGAGUCACCUUAGAGCUUGAACUGCCAGAAUCCCCUGUGAAUCAAGACUUGGGCAUGUUCUUAGUCACUGUUUCCUGUUAUACCAGAGGCGGCAGAAUCAUCUCCACUUCUUCACGCUCAGUGAUGCUGCACUACCGCUCUCAGCUGCUCCAGAUGCUAGACACGCUGGUGUUCUCCAGCCUCCUCCUGUUUGGCUUCGCUGAGCAGAAGCAGCUCCUGGAAGUAGAACUCUACUCUGACUAUAGGGAGAAUUCGUAUGUGCCAACAACUGGAGCAAUUAUUGAGGUCCACAGCAAGCGUAUCCAGAUGUAUGGAGCUUACCUCCGGAUCCAUGCCCACUUCACCGGGCUCAGGUACCUGCUAUACAACUUCCCUAUGACCUGCGCCUUCGUGGGUGUGGCCAGCAACUUCACGUUCCUCAGCGUCAUCGUGCUCUUCAGCUAUAUGCAGUGGGUGUGGGGUGCUGUCUGGCCCCAACACCGCUUCUCUCUGCAGGUUAAUAUCCGACAAAGGGAUAACUCACGCCACGGGGUCCAGCGUCGGAUCUCUCGCCAUCAGCCAGGUCAGGAAUCUACCCAGCAGUCAGAUGUGACAGAGGAUGGUGAGAGCCCUGAAGAUCCCUCAGGAACAGAGGGCCAGCUGUCUGAGGAAGAGAAACCAGAGAAGCAGCCCCUGAAUGGAGAAGAAGAGCAAGAGCCAGAGGCUAGUGAUGGCUCCUGGGAAGAUGCAGCUUUGCUGACAGAAGCCAACCUGCCUACCUCUGCCUCAACAUCUGCCCUUGCCCCUGAGACUCUGGGUAGCCUCAGGCAACGCCCAACCUGUUCCAGUUCCUGAACAAAAGGGUGGAUUCCUCACAUUCCAGCACUUUCCCAUAGGGCACAUUUUCCCUUGUUCCCUUAAUAAACUAUUUUGUGCCAG